AUGGGCGCUCCGAUCCUCGCGUCGGCCGCUCAUGCCAUCCCGGCUCUCGAGGCCGGCGACAACCACCCGAUGGACAUCGGCACCAUGACUUCGAGAGAGACGCGGGACGGCCGCAGGCUAUGGUACCGCAUGCGCAUUAUCCAGCAGCCCGAGCGAGCAAGAGCUUGCGGAUCUGGUCUGAAGUCAUCGGCCGACCGACGCCCUGUUGACCCGCCUCCCGUCGUGGAGCUGCGCAUCUAUGAGGGCCCAACCUGGGAGGUGGCCCAGGACAAGGACAUCACCUUUGUGUACAACGCCAACUUCUUCCUUUACGCCACUCUCCAGCAUGCCCGGCUCAUGGCUCAUGCCCGCGGCGCCACGUCCUCCACUAACACGCCGCCAGUGCUUACUGGCAUGCCCGUCUCCGGUAUGGCCUACCUGGACCGCCCGCAGGAGGCCGGCUACUUCCUGUUCCCCGACCUGUCUGUUCGCCACGAGGGCCGGUACAAGCUCAGCUUCAAUCUGUACGAAGAGACCAAGGAGGACAAGGACAGGGACAAGGAGGAGGAGGGCGAACCCCAGCAGACGCAGACCUACACGCACCCCGCGAUGGCGGAGUAUUUUGACUUCCGCAUGGAGAUCAAGUCGCAGGAGUUCAUUGUGUACAGCGCGAAGAAGUUCCCCGGCUUGGCCGAGAGCACCACCCUCAGCCGCGUGGUGGCGGACCAAGGAUGCCGCGUUCGCAUUCGCCGCGAGCCUAGGAUGAGACGCCGCGACGCGAAGCCCGGUGGUGACUACGACCACGUGGACGGCGCCGCCGAGUAUGAGCGGAAGAGGAGAACAGCCACCCCAGACAACCGUGCGGUCGCCGAAUAUAAUCGUGCCCGGUCGAUGAGCGGGAGCACCGAGCGUACUCCGUACUCUGCCGAUCCCGCGCGCCGCCCAUCGAUGGCCGACUACCCGUCGCCGUACAGCCAGAACCCGCCACCCGGCGGUCACCUCCAGUUCCUGGGCGGAAACGCCGGCUCACAAUUCCCUGCCGCUCCUCCUCCUCCCCCACAAUCGUUUGCCCAGCCGCAGCCCCAGUCUCAACCCCAACCGCCAUCGGUACCCGCGUCUCCGGUCUACCCGCCAACUCAGGCUGCUUCGUAUCCGGCGCCGACGUCCUAUCAAGCAGUGGCCAAGGCGCACAGCAGGGAGCGGACACCAUCGCAGUCCGGGUAUCCCCCGAUCAACCCUGCGCCUCCUCGCAGCGACAGCAUUCGCCACGAACAUAGGGCAUCUGGGUCUGUGCAGCUCCCACCGCUUUCUUCCAUCGCCCUCCCGCCCCGCUUGGAGCCCUCGCAGGUCCUCCCGCCGAUCCAGGUCGACCGGAACUACGCCGCCAGCAGCACCAGCCGCCUGGGGGUGUCGAGCCCGACAAAUUACACCACCGCCCCGCGGUCCGGCCCCUCGCUGGCGCCGCUGGCGCCCCUCAUCAACAACCCGGUCGCGAAGAGCGGGCCGGUGCACCCCGGUGUCCUGCCGCCACCAACGAUGUACGCAGGAUCCAAGCGGGCCCACGGGGACUCCUUCCGCAGCGACCUCGAUACGCCGCGGUUCCAGGACGGUGCGCGCGAGACGGCGAGGGGAGAUGAUAUCUCGAUGGAGGAGCUCAACGCGACAUUCAAGCGGGCUAAUGGCCAGCUUGCGUAUACCGGUGACUUGCGUCCGUUUUAA